GGGCACACUCCAUCAGCACCUGCAGGAGUCGGCCUGGACUGCCUGUGCCACCUCGGCCGCUGCCGCCGCCUUGAUUCCCUACCCCCGCCAUGGCCGAGGACCUCUCCGCGGCCACUUCCUACACUGAAGAUGAUUUCUACUGCCCGGUCUGUCAGGAGGUGCUCAAAACGCCGGUGCGGACUGCGGCCUGUCAGCACGUUUUUUGUAGAAAAUGUUUCCUGACUGCAAUGAGAGAAAGCGGAAUACAUUGUCCCCUCUGUCGUGGAAAUGUGACAAGAAGAGAAAGAGCAUGUCCUGAACGGGCCUUAGAUCUUGAAAAUAUCAUGAGGAAGUUGUCUGGUAGCUGCAGAUGCUGUGCAAAACAGAUUAAAUUCUAUCGUAUGAGACAUCAUUACAAAUCUUGUAAGAAGUAUCAAGAUGAGUAUGGUGUUUCUGCUAUCAUUCCAAACUUUCAGAUUUCUCAAGAUUCAGUAGGGAACAGUAAUAGAAGUGAAACAUCCACAUCUGAUAACAUAGAAACUUAUCAAGAGAAUACAAGUUCCUCUGGGCAUCCCACCUUUAAGUGUCCCUUGUGUCAAGAAUCAAAUUUUACCAGACAGCGUUUACUGGAUCACUGUAACAGUAAUCACCUAUUUCAGAUAGUUCCUGUGACAUGUCCUAUUUGUGUGUCUCUUCCUUGGGGAGAUCCUAGCCAGAUUACUAGAAAUUUCGUUAGUCAUCUAAAUCAAAGACAUCAGUUUGAUUAUGGUGAAUUUGUGAAUCUUCAGCUAGAUGAGGAAACCCAGUAUCAAACUGCUGUUGAAGAGUCGUUUCAAGUAAACAUCUGAAGGCCGUAGACAUCUGUGCAUCUUUGUAUCUGCAGGUGCCAUCUUUAAGGAGAAAACUACAUGCAGUCACCAUUUCAAUAACUUGAUGUGUAUAUUAAUAAAAGUAAUUCAGUCUAU